AUAAAAUCGCAUCGGUUGCUUUUAAUCUGCAUUUUAAUUCUAGUCUCCUUGAAAGAUGAAAAAGGUAGUCUUUUUGAUCUGUAUCCCAGCGUUUCUGGCUUUAAUCACCUUUCAAAGGGUAGAGGGAUGUAGCUGCCUACGAGAUUCCUUAAUGAACCUCUACAAGAAAUCAGACUUUGUGUUUAUUGGGAAUCUUGUAAAUAAAACAGUCGAAAACACAAUUGACGGCGAGCCCGAUCCCAAUGCAGACACCAACUACGUGGUUGAAGUAUAUAAAAUUUACAAAAACGGCAAUCUUUUAAGUGGAACAGUGGAUAUAAAAACCCAUGGAACAGCCUCUCUUUGUGGCAUUGAUUUAGACAUCGACAAGGAAUAUGUUUUUAAUGGAAUGGGAACAAUGUCAACAGAAGGUGACCCCACACUAACAAUUGGAGCAUGUAAUAUGAUGUUGCAUUCCCCAAUAACUCAACAAAUGAUACAGUUCGUGCAGGACUCUCUUGAUGCAUUGCAGUUCAUCGAAACAAAUUUUGUAAGGACUUUAUGAGAUUUCAUUCCUGCAAGAUAAAUAAAGGAAUGUA